UUUUUGGAAAAUUAUUUUGCCGAUUAAUAAAUCAUUAAUUAAGCUAUUUUAAAAGGUUUUAUUAGUAUUUAAGGAAUUUUAAAAGUGAAAUUACAGCCUCAAGUUCAUAAUUCAAUUGAAGUCAAUAAAAAUUCAGUCAAAAUAAGAAGCUUUUUAUGGAUUGAAGAUUACGAGGAAAAUAAUGAAUAAGAAAUUCAUUUAAUCAAAGAAAUUAUAGACAAUAACGACUAAUAGAAGCUAAUUAGAAGUUAAUCAAUAUGUUGCAAGUCGUAAAAAUUCGCAGUUCAAUCAAAUUAUUCCCAAUCGUUCUUCAAAAUGGACGAGAUUCUUUUAACAAGCAUCAAGGCAUUCGCAACUUUUCUAUGCUAAUUGAACGAACAGAAAUAGGGUCAAAAACAUGCUAUAUUCAUAAUAUCCAGCGAAUCUCGACAUCAUCAUCGAAAGACAUCCACGACAAGUGGCUUAAUAAGCAGGAAAAGAUUUUGGAAAUAAAGACAAAAGGUGGCAAUUUAGUUAUUCGCACAACUGUUACAGACGGUGGUAAAAAUGUUGAAAACAUUGUCAUUCAAAAAGAUAAGCCAUCCGAGCUUCAAAUGGCAGUAAAGGAACCACCGAUUAUCGUUACAGCUUCUAGUGAUAGUAAAAAUUUAGAGGUCAAACCGCAAUUAACAGAAAAAGAGCUUUUAGCUGAAAAGAAUAAGGAAUUAGCGAAGAAAAGGAAGCGAGUAGAUUUUGCUUUGUCAUCUUUAGAACGAAACUUUAUAACACCGAAUCGUGCAAUGUCUGAUUUUCUUCUUAAGGCGUCUGAUUUAGAGACACUUCCAAAAACAAAAAGAAGAUCCCCAUAUGAACAAGAAAUGCCAAUUACUGUAUAUUGGAGAAAGGAUGUAGAGACAAAAGCUAUUGAAACUUGGGGAUCACGUGAGAAUUUACUUAAAGAAUGCCUUAAAAGGGAAUUGGAGAAAAAGCAGCAUCAACAAAAUGCAUUUACAAUGAAGAGGCGAUUAAGAGACUAUAGACGAGAAAUGGGGGCACGAACAAACGUCCAUGAAAGUGAAAUUAUGGGCUUAAAAGGAAGCUCUGGAAGAGUCGUACUUACUGCUGUUGCUAUCAAUGCUACAAACUUUCUGUUUAAGAGCUUUGCGUGGUUCUACACAGGUUCGCACAGCAUGUUCGCCGAGUGCAUCCAUUCAUUAGCUGACACAAUAAAUCAAUUGAUUCUUGUCUAUGGUAUCCAUAAAUCAACACAAAUUGCGAAUCCCGAUCAUCCUUACGGAUACAGCAAUAUGAGAUAUGUCUCAUCCUUAAUUUCUGGCGUGGGUAUAUUCUGCGUUGGAACCGGAUUGUCAUUUUAUCAUGGAAUUACAGGACUUUUAAAUCCAACGCCAAUUGAGGACUUUUAUUGGGCAUUUUUCAUUCUUGGAGGCUCUCUUGUCAGCGAAGGUGCUACAUUACUUGUUGCUAUAAACAGCAUUCGUGAAGGUGCUAAAAAAAUGGGAACGUCUUUCCAUGACUAUGUCGUCAACUCAUGUGAUCCAUCUGUCAAUGUUGUCUUAACGGAAGAUGCAGCAGCGGUUUUAUCUGUUGGUGUUACAGCUGCUUGUAUGGGUUUAUCAACAGUAACCGGUUCUCACGUGCCUGACGCUGUCGGAUCAUUAUUAGUAGGAUGUAUUCUUGGUGCUGUGGCUUCUUUUAUUAUUUAUACAAAUGUUGCUGCACUUAUGGGUCGAUCAAUCACCGAAGAACGUCUCGACAAGAUUAAUACUGAACUUGAAAGUGACAUCAUGAUAAGAGCAAUUUAUGAUGUUAAGGGUAUUGAUAUGGGAAAUACUUUAGUGCGUUAUAAAGCUGAAUUGGACUUUGAUGGACGAGAAUUGUCAAAAGUUUAUCUUGAUAAGCAGGAUUUGAAUGUGCUGUUGGAUGAAGUAAAAACGUUUCAAACAAUUGACGAACUGGAAGCCUUUUUAUUGAAGCACGGCGAGAACAUUGUUGAUCUUAUGGGAGGAGAAAUUGAUAGAAUUGAGAUGAAAUUAAGGAAAAAAUGUCCAGAAAUCAGGCACUGUGAUCUUGAAAUUUUAUAAGAAUUGAAAAUGUCAACCGAGAUGCUUCAAAUACCUAAAAUAUAAGAUUAAAUUAUGAUGUUCGUAUGUUCAUGCUUGAUACUCAAAAAACAAAGUUGUUAUGGCCUAGUUGAUGACAAAAUUAUGACCUCGAUUGCUUCUAUAGCUGAAUUUUUAAUGUAAUUAAACUUUUUUCUCCUUACGAGCAGAUUUUUUCCUUCUGUGAUUUAAUGAAUGAGAUGGAAAUUGCUUGUUUGAAUGUAUUAUUGGAAUUAUUCGAUACGUACUUGAUGAGGCAUGAGAUUUCUAUAAUGCGUCCAAAAAAGUGAAAAUCUACUUAUAAUAAAGGUACAGCAAAGUUAAAUAAAAUAUGAAAAGCAUUUCGUAAUGAAUAAAAUUAUGCAA